UGGUCCGCCCCGCCCCGCCCCGCCCCGCCCCACUUGCUGGCUCGCUGCUUGCUGCUCGCUCGCAGGGGCAGGUUCAACGCGGCGGGCGGGAGCGGGCGCCGGGUGGCUGCGGGCGCCGGCGGGCCGCGGCGCAGUGGCGUGGCCGUGCAGUGCGCCGGGCGUCCGGGAGAUGGCUUCCCCGCUCUCGCCCGCGGCCCCCGCUAUUGUCUCGCCCGGGGUGGCCUGACUGCUGGCUCGCGCGCGCUCGCCCGAGGGACUCGUCUCCCGCCUCCCUCCCGCCGCCUGGCUGCGCCCGGGAGACCUGGGCUCGGCAGCGGCCACCUCGCGCGGUCCGGAGCCGCCGGGAGCCGAGACUCGCUGAGCCCCGGGCGCGUCGGGGCUGACCCUGGAGCCCGCGCCGAGCACAGGUGCCCAGACAUCAUGCCACAGCCCUGUAGACCCGACACCAGCAGGAAGUAGAAGAGCUCCUCGUUUUCUCUGUUUUGUUCAUCCUCACAAUGUCAUCGACUCAGGGCAAUGGAGAACACUGGAAGUCCCUGGAGUCAGUGGGCAUCAGCCGCAAGGAGCUGGCCAUGGCCGAAGCCCUGCAAAUGGAGUACGAUGCUCUGUCCCGGCUCCGGCACGAUAAGGAAGAGAGCAGAGCCAAGCAGAAUGCAGACCAGUCUCUCAUCAGCUGGGACGAGCCCGACCUUGACUUCUACAGCAAGCCGGCGGGGAGGCGGCACGACCUCAAGCUGCUUCGCGGUCUCUCUGGCUCAGAUCCCACCCUCAAUUACAACUCACUCUCCCUGCAGGAGGAGCCAUCCACCCUCUCUACCUCCCAGGGCUCCCAGCCUGGCCCAGAGCCCUGGCCCAAAGCUUCCCCGGUGGGAGACUAUCUCUAUAUUUUUGAUGGCUCUGACAGGGGGCUCUCUUUGUCUCCAGGAUCGGGGGAUGUAGAGAGUUCUUCCAAGAAACUGUCCCCACCUCCUCUGCCUCCCCGAGUCUCCAUCUGGGAUACCCCUCCACUGCCUCCCAGAAAGGGGUCCCCUUCAUCCUCCAAAGUCUCCCAGCCCAAUGAUAUCAACACUUUCUCAUUGUCACAGUCACCUGUGGACAAGCUGCUGGGGCGCAGGAUCCUGGAGCAGGAAGGGGAGCCAGGAGGUGGUGGCCCAGGGCACCUUCUGGGCUCUGUGGACUAUGAUGGCAUCAAUGACGCCAUUACUCGGCUCAACCUCAAGUCCACCUAUGACACGGAGUUGCAGGACGCCACCAGGGGAUGGAAGGAGGGCCGUCAGGCCCUGGACUUUGGCAGGGACACUCCUGGCAAGCCAGUGGCCCGGAGCAAGACCAUGCCCCCUCAGGUGCCCCCUCGUACCUAUGCCUCCCGCUACACCAACAGGAAAAAUGCCACGUCGGGCAAGAACCAUCGGAUUUCUGCUGCUUCGGUGGGCUCCCGGCCCCACGCCGUCGCCAAUGGCCAUGAGUUGUUUGAGGUCUCAGAGGAGAGAGAUGAGGAAGUUGCCGCAUUUUGCCACAUGCUGGAUAUCCUCCGAUCCGGCUCCGACAUCCAAGACUACUCCCUGACUGGCUAUGUCUGGAGCGCCGUCACCCCAAGCCCCGAGCACCUGGGGGAUGAGGUCAACCUGAAGGUGACUGUGCUGUGUGACAGCCUGCGGGAGCCACUCACAUUCACCUGCAACUGUUCCUCCACUGUAGACCUGCUCAUCUACCAGACCCUGUGCUACACCCAGGAUGAGCUGAGGGACGUGGACGUGGGCGACUUUGUGCUAAAGCCCUGUGGGCUGGAGGAGUUCCUACAGAACAAACAUGCCCUGGGCAGCCAUGAGUAUAUUCAGCAGUGCCGCAAGUUUGACAUUGACAUCCGGCUCCAGCUGAUGGAGCGGAAAGCCGUACGCAGUAACCUGGCCCGGACGGUGAAUGAUGACCAGUCCUCAUCCUCCAUGAACUGCCUCAUCCACUUGCAAGAAAGGCCAGUCAAGCAGACCAUCAGCAGGCAGGCCCUGAGUCUUCUGUUCGAUACUUUCCACAAUGAGGUGGAUACCUUCCUGCUGGCUGAUGGGGACUUCCCACUGAAGGCUGACCGGGUGGUCCAGUCCGUCAAGGCCAUCUGCAACGCCCUGGCUGCUGUGGAAACCCCUGAGAUCACCAGCGCUCUCAACCAGCUGCCCCCCUGCCCCUCCCGCAUGCAGCCAAAAAUCCAGAAGGAUCUCACUGUCCUGGCUGUGAGGGAAAACCGAGAAAAGGUGGUGGAAGCCCUGACAGCUGCCAUCUUGGACCUGGUGGAGCUUUACUGCAACACAUUCAACGCCGACUUCCAGACAGCUGUGCAUGGGAGCCGCAAGCAUGACCUGGUGCAGGAGGCCUGCCAUUUCUCAGGGGCCUUGGCCUUUACUGUCUAUGCCACCCACCGCAUCCCCAUCACCUGGGCUACCAGCUAUGAAGAUUUCUACCUCUCCUGCUCCCUCAGCCACGGCGGCAAGGAGCUAUGCAGCCCCCAGCAGACCCGAAAGGCUCACUUCUCCAAGUACCUCUUCCACCUCAUCAUCUGGGACCAGCAGAUCUGCUUCGCAGUGCAGGUGAACCGGCUGCCCCGGGAGACGCUGUUGUGUGCCACCCUCUAUGCGCUGCCUGUCCCACCACCUGGAAGCUCCUCCGAGGCCAACAAGCAGCGCCGGGUGCCUGAAGCCCUGGGCUGGGUCAGCACCCCGCUUUUCAACUUCAGGCAAGUGCUGACCUGUGGCCGGAAGCUCCUGGGCCUAUGGCCGGCAACACAGGAAAACCCCAGUGCCCGCUGGAGUGCGCCUAACUUCCACCAGCCAGACAGUGUCAUCCUGCAGAUUGACUUCCCCACCUCAGCCUUCGAUGUCAAGUUCACCAGCCCCUCGAGAGACAAGUUCAGCCCCCGCUAUGAGUUUGGCAGCCUGCGGGAGGAAGACCAACGACAACUUAAAAACAUCAUGCAGAAGGAGUCCCUGUACUGGCUCUCAGAUGCUGACAAGAAGCGCCUGUGGGAGAAGCGCUAUUACUGCCACUCAGAGGUGAGCUCGCUUCCACUAGUGCUCGCCAGCGCCCCCAGCUGGGAGUGGGCUUGCCUGCCUGACAUCUAUGCACUCCUGAAGCAGUGGACACAAAUGAACCACCAGGAUGCCCUGGGGCUCCUGCAUGCCACCUUCCCGGACCAGGAGGUGCGGCGGAUGGCUGUGCAGUGGAUUGGUUCACUCUCAGACACCGAGCUACUUGACUACUUGCCCCAGCUCGUGCAGGCCCUGAAGUACGAGUGUUACCUGGACAGCCCCUUGGUGCGUUUCCUGCUGAAACGAGCUGUUUCGGACCUGCGAGUGACGCACUACUUCUUCUGGUUGCUGAAGGAUGGCCUCAAGGACUCACAGUUCAGCAUCCGCUACCAGUACCUGCUGGCAGCCUUGCUGUGCUGCUGUGGCAAGGGACUGCGGGAGGAGUUCAACCGUCAGUGUUGGCUGGUCAACACCCUGGCCAAGCUGGCCCAUCUGGUGCGGGAGUCUGCCCCAUCAGCACGGCAGGGGAUCCUGCGUGUGGGCCUGGAGGAGGUGAAACAGUUCUUUGACCUCAAUGGCUCCUGCCGCCUGCCACUCAGCCCCAGCCUGCUGGUCAAGGGCAUUGUGCCCAGGGACUGCUCCUACUUCAAUUCCAAUGCCGUCCCCCUCAAGCUCUCUUUCCAAAAUGUGGAUCCACUGGGCGAGAACAUCCGAGUCAUAUUCAAGUCUGGGGAUGACCUUCGCCAGGACAUGCUGACACUGCAGAUGAUUCGCAUCAUGAGCAAGAUCUGGGUGCAGGAGGGGCUGGACAUGCGCAUGGUCAUUUUCCGCUGCUUCUCUACUGGCCGAGGGCGAGGGAUGGUGGAGAUGAUCCCCAACGCAGAGACCUUACGCAAGAUCCAGGUGGAGCAUGGAGUGACUGGCUCCUUCAAGGACCGUCCCCUGGCCGAUUGGCUGCAGAAGCACAACCCCGGAGAGGAUGAAUACGAAAAGGCUGUGGAGAACUUCAUCUACUCCUGUGCUGGCUGUUGUGUGGCCACUUAUGUCUUGGGCAUCUGUGAUCGUCACAAUGACAACAUCAUGCUGAAGACCACAGGCCACAUGUUCCACAUAGAUUUUGGCCGCUUCCUGGGCCAUGCCCAGAUGUUUGGCAACAUCAAGCGGGACCGAGCCCCCUUUGUCUUCACCUCAGACAUGGCAUAUGUCAUCAACGGGGGUGACAAGCCUUCCAGCCGCUUCCAUGACUUUGUUGACCUCUGCUGCCAAGCCUACAACCUCAUCCGCAAGCACACUCACCUCUUCCUCAACCUGCUGGGCCUGAUGUUGUCCUGUGGGAUCCCCGAGCUCUCAGACCUGGAGGACCUCAAGUAUGUGUACGAUGCCCUGAGGCCUCAGGACACCGAGGCCAAUGCCACUACCUUCUUCACUCGGUUGAUUGAGUCCAGCCUGGGCAGUGUAGCCACAAAGCUCAAUUUUUUCAUCCAUAACUUGGCUCAAAUGAAGUUCACGGGCUCAGAUGACCGACUGACCCUUUCCUAUGCUCCCCGAACACACACCCUCAAGAGUUCUGGCCGCAUCAGUGAUGUUUUCCUCUGCCGCCACGAGAAGAUCUUCCACCCCAACAAGGGCUAUAUUUAUGUGGUAAAGGUGAUGCGAGAAAAUGCUCACGAAGCCAUUUACAUCCAGAGGACCUUUGAGGAGUUCCAGGAAUUACACAACAAGCUGCGGCUGCUCUUCCCUUCUUCCCUCUUGCCCAGCUUCCCUAGUCGCUUCGUGAUUGGCCGUUCGCGGGGAGAGGCUGUGGCGGAGCGGCGGAGGGAGGAGUUGAAUGGCUACAUCUGGCACCUGAUCCACGCAGCCCCAGAGGUGGCCGAGUGUGACCUGGUGUACACGUUCUUCCACCCUCUGCCCCGGGAUGAAAAGGCCGCAGGCACCAGCACAGCUCCCAGGUCCUCAGACGGCACGUGGUCCCGGCCUGUUGGGAAAGUGGGAGGGGAGGUGAAGUUGUCCAUCUCCUACAAAAACAAUAAACUCUUCAUAAUGGUGAUGCAUAUCCGGGGCUUGCAACUGCUCCAGGAUGGGAACGACCCUGACCCCUAUGUGAAGAUUUACCUCCUUCCUGACCCUCAGAAAACCACAAAGAAGAAAACCAAAGUGGCCCGGAAAACCUGCAACCCCACCUACAAUGAGCUGCUGGUGUAUGAUGGGAUCCCCAAGGGAGACCUGCAGCAGCGGGAGCUGCAGCUGAGCGUGCUGAGCGAGCAGGGCUUCUGGGAGAACGUGCUCCUCGGGGAGGUGCACAUCCGCCUGCGUGAGCUGGACCUGGCCCAGGAGAAGACUGGCUGGUUCGCGCUGGGAUCUCGAACCCAUGACACCUUGUGAUCCCAGCCUGGGAGCCCUGGCUGGUGCUGGAGUACAGGGCGAGGGCUGCGACUCGUCCAUUCCAUGUGAAGGGGUCCAGACCCACAGUGGACUGCAUCGGGCCUCGGUGGCCGGAGCAGGGGGAACCACACUGCCCUCUGCUGGCCCUUGCUGCAGACUGGAUUGGGGUGCCUGUGAGGAGCCGCUCCUCAGAGGCUGUGUGGGUGCAGCCAAGUUUUACGUUUACCUUGUGUCAAGGGAGCAAUGCCUGGUUUGGGGUGUGUGGGGUGGGCUGAAUUAAGUAGUAUUUGGUGGGGUGGGAGCAGAUAUCUUUAUUUUUUAUUUUUAAAAAAUGAAAUAGUAAUGUUGUCCUAACUGGACAGGACGUGAGAAGGGACAUAGUGUGCCUCGAAAAGGCAUCAGAAGGAGACUGACCAUUGGGGCUUUUCUAAGAUGAAGGUUCUUACUGGACUUUGCCCUGGACGCGUGUGUGCGCGUGUAUGUGUGUGUGGGUGCGCACACGUGUGCAUGCAUGCAUGCAUGUGGGGGGGAUGUGUGUGUGUUAAGCUUUUCUAGCUAGAGGAGUACUCUGGGGAGGGUCCUCGGUGAGCGUGCCCCCCAGGACAGGUGGGGAGGGUAGGCAGGACCUUCCUGCUGGCUUCUCUGAUUUUGCCUCCAAAGGAGAGCGAUGGGAAGCCGCUCUAUGUCAGGAGGGGUUCUGCAGAGGACCCGGGACCUUUCUGGCGGAAAGUACCUCUUCUGGCUUCCGCUCAGCAUGCUGUCUCCAUGCUGUCAAAUCCCUCUGAUUACGCUGGGGGUGCUCCCCCCUAGGCCUCCCCAUUUUUUCUCUACACCCCCCCCCCCGCAGUGUGGCCCUGGGAAGGGGCCACUCCUUUCUCUUUGGGCUGCUUCCCUCCCACACUCCAUUUCUCUCACUUUUUAUAUGAAUUUUCCUCAUCCUGUGGGGCCACCUUUUUAGUCUGGAGCCCAAGGAAUCCCCAGACUGUAGGAGAGGGCUAUGUGGUGGGGAAUCAGGUCCACGUUGUCAAUUUUUUUUUUCUAGUGAUUUGUUUUGGCCACAAGGAGGGUGGGCUUGGACUCCCCUUCUCACUCUCCGAGUUGAGCUGCAUCUCACCUCUCACUGUUCUUCAUUCCUUCCCAAUGGGCCUGAAAUCCAGUCUUAGGCUUUACUUCUAAUGUUUAACUUUUUGGAAAAAAAAUGAGGGGGAGACUUGGAAUUUGAUAUUAAUAAGACUAUCUGGAUUUGCCCCCUGACUGGGGAAGGAGAUGAACUGAGAGUCUUCUCUGAACUGAACCUCCAGCUCCCUCCCGGCACACCAAUGCUGACUCCAUAACUAGAGAAAGGACCUCCAUCCAUUGAGACCACAGGGAAGAUUUCCUUUGAAUUAAAAACAAGCAAAAAAAAAAAAAAGUCCAAGGCCAAGGUUGGCUGCAGUGGAGAGGGCUGGGGAGCAGGGGACAGGGUGGCACUUGUGCAGGUGGACACACUAGGACCAUAGCUUUCUAGCCUGAAGUUCAUUGUGCUUUGAUCCCCCAGGGCCGCGAUGGAAGGAGGUCUGUGUACUGUACCCACUUCCCAGAUGACCUUGUAUCUUCUACUUUCUUGGGAAUUGUAUUUUCUAAUAAAUGGAAUUUGAGAAAGAAAGAAAAAAAAAACCACUUAUUUUUCAAGAUUGGCCAGUGUGAAAAUGUUGAAGACUUGGUGGACAAGAGGAAAAGACAACAGCUGGAGUGGCUUGCCUGUGAGCACACAGUCAGUCAGAAGUCGAUGUGGAAUUUGAAUGAAUUCAGGUUUAUGUGUUUGUUUAUUGGACAGACAUAAAUUG